AUGCUAAUGAGCAGGGGGGUCCUGCUGGCUCUGGGGGGGAGUACCAUAGCCUCUACUUUCCUUGACGCCCCCCCCCACGCCUGCAGUAAGGUUUUCUUCAUGGUGAUGCGCCAUUAUUUCCGCUCGGAGGAAGGGGGCGAGCGCUCCGUCUGCCUCACCUUCGCCUUCUUCUUCCUCCUCCUCGCCAUGGUGGCCCUGGUAAUCCGCGAGGACUACCUGGAGUUCGGCCUCGAGCCCGGGCUGGCCGGUGUCAGCAGCAACCUGGAGAGCGUCCUGAAGCAGCGGGGCUGGGAGUGGACGCUGCCCCUCGCCAAGCUGGCCUUCAAGCUGGGGCUGGUGGCCCUGUGCUCCUUCCUGGGCGCCUGCCUGACCUUCCCGGGGCUGCGCCUGGCCCAGACGCACCUCGACGCUCUGCGGAUGGCGGCCGACAAGCCCCUGACCCAAGUCCUGCUCCACACGAGUUUCCUGGCGCCCGUCAUCGUGGUGGUGAUGUGGAUCAAGCCCAUCUCGAGGGAUUUCCUGCUCCACGCGCCCAUGGGCAAGCAGACGGUGCAGAUCAUGUCAGACUCUGCCUACAACACCGCGCGCCUCUGGACCGUCGUCGGCCUCUGCCUGCUGCGCCUGGCCGUCACCCGCCACCACCUGCAGGCCUACCUGUGCCUGGCCGAGCGCUGGGUGGAGCAGAUGAGGAGGGAAGCGGGGCGCAUCGCCGUGGUGGAGAUCCAGCGCAAGAUCACGAGGAUUUACUGCUACGUCUCGGUGGUCAGCCUGCAGUACCUGGGGCCCGUCGUCCUCACCCUGCACUGCGCGCUGCUCCUCAAAACGCUGGGGCACCACUCGUGGGGGCUGUACCCGGAGCCCUCUCCCGUCCCUCCGGCAGCCACCGCGGCACUGCCGCGUCCCGGCAAUGAGGACGGGGAGGACGUGCGUGCCGCGGUGGAGCAGAUCACGGGCAUCUUGGGCGGCAUCUUCACCCCUCUCUUUUUCCGCGGACUCCUCGCCUUCCUCACCUGGUGGGUGGCCGUCUGCCAGGUUGUCACCAGCCUCUUCGGCCUCUACUUCCACCAGUACCUGGCAGCAUCCUGACUGGGGGAACUGGGACCUGCCUGGGGGCACAGUCAGUGCCCGGCUGCUGGCCCGCACGUGUCCCACGCCCGCGGGGCGUUUGCCUUUUGCCCCCUUGCUGCUGCCUCGGCUGGGCUCCCCGCUUACACGUGCCCACGGUGCAAUGCGUGGACACGAGGACGUGCACCUGGGGACUUUCUGCAGCCAGCUCUUGGCACGAUGGGUUUUGUGCAUCCGGGUGCAGCGGUGCCAGCGUGGGCAUCGCCUUCUCCCCUUCCUGCUGCCCUUCACCACCGUGCCUGUCUCCAGCCCCACAUGGGAUGCUGCCUGCAUGGGGAUGGAGGCCCCCCAGCAGGGUUUGCUGCUGCCAGCUCCGAGCCAUCGCUGCUGGAAAGAGGCUGCUCUGCUGCUAGCAGGAUCGUCCUUGCAUGGCAGAGACCUCGCAGCCAGCUUGGAGCAACGUCCUCCCUUCCCAGCGCAGACUUUGGGGGUUUUGCUCUGCGUAGUUUGCCUCUCCUGGCCGAGGAUGAGUGUAUUUUUGUAGGGUCUUUGCUCUGGCCACCACGUCAGAGCUCUCGGGCUCAUCCCUCUGCUUUGUGUGAAAUCCUCAGACCCGGCAGCCUCAGCUGGUGGCUGCUGUAGAAAUAAAUAAGUAACCCAGAGCCUGGCUGGCACUCCGAAAGCUGCUUUGUUUGCACUUUGUUGCCCCCAAAGCCCCUCCUGGGGGUGUUAUCGCAGCGAGGGGACGAGACCGAACACUUGAACAAACACUCGAGACCUUGUGUUCACCCCAUGGUGGCCGGACUCUGUGAUCCCAGCCUCUCCUCCCCAUCUGCAUUGGGAUCACAACCAGGCUAUUACGGCACCGGUCCCAGCAGCGUUGGAGGGGACGCAGCCCCUGGUGCAACUCCCGGGGCAGCGAGGCAGCUGAGCUCUCCCCCGCCGCACGGUGGGUGCUGGUCCAGCUGCAUGAAAAAGGAUUAGCAGGUCUGGGCUGCUCAGAGAAAAGGAAAGGGGCUCUGAUCCUAUUUGAUAGCCUUGUAAUGGUCUUAAUUCCCUCUUGCUAAGGGCCAAGAUGAGAAGGCCGCCCUUUGCCCGGUGUUAACAAGGCUAAUCCAGACAGCCCUCCUCCAGCUGCUUCCCCCCGACCCAAACUGCAGCCAGCCCUUUUGCAAAAAAAAAA